AUGGUCGGUGAGAGUUUCUCUAAGACCCAAUACUAUACUCUAUGCCGUGUUCAAAGUAAUUUCCGCCAAAUACUAAAUGGUCUCUGACUUUCCAAAAUUUAGUUAUCUUUUCCUUUCUCUAACGGGUAUUUCACACUUCGCGCAAUCACUUUGAAUAAGGCACACUAGAUACAAUUCUUAUGCAUAAUUAAAUUUAAAAAAAUAAUUUGCAAAAGAACUCAGUGAUUAAAUAAAAUACAAAUUUUUAGGCGUUUGGUCAAAAAGACGACAGCGAUGAAGAAGAUGACGGAAGACCUUCUUUUGGGUGAGUUUUUCCGCUUUCUAGAAUUUUUUCGAUUGAACUUGUAGGUUUUGUAAUUUAACUUGGAAAUAGAACUAGUGGAACGUGAAAAAAUCUUCAGAAAGCGGAAGAAGAACAAUUAUACCACUGCAGUCAACUUUGUUAGUGGCGGAAUUCAAAAAGACUCAAGUAUUAAAAUAGACAAAGAUGAUCCAGUGAGUUGAAAAUUUUUUUUUUUUGAGUUUCACAACUGUUUUACAGGAAUCUUUGAAGGCAGGGACUUUCAGUUCCAACAUUGAAUACGAAGAAGUUAAUUUUUCGAAAAAAUCCAAGAAAAAGCCAAAGGAAAUGGGCGCUCAAGUAUUCGCAGGUAAUUCCAAAAGCUCAAGAAAAGGGAAAAAGGAUAUUUACAGGAAUGAGAUCAUCAAGCUCCUCAGGAGCAAUGGAUACGAACACAUUUGGAGGCUGGCUGAAACAUGGAAAAGGGUCGGUUGUGUCCAAAAUGAUGGAGGUGAGUUUUCAUCACUACCUCUUCCAGAUGCCCGUCUCAAAAAAAGAGAGAGAUAUCAUUGGAUUCUUUCCACAAUAAUUCUGUGAGAUGGAAAAUAAUUUUUUUUUCGCCGCUCAGAACAACUUUAGUAAUAAUAAGAAAUGAAAACUUUUUACAUUAGAACAUUCUAGAAUCAGCAAUAUACGCGUUUUGCUCUGAAUAAUUUUUUUCUAGGCCAUGGGCUACAAGCCAGGCCAAGGUCUUGGAGCAACCGGCCAAGGAAUCGUCGAGCCAGUUACCGCGGCGGUUCGUAAAGGUCGUGGUGCCAUUGGCGCUUAUGGAAAAGAGGCCACAGGUCCCAAGUUUGGAGGUUUUUUGUUUGCCCGAUUCUCAUGGUUCGAAAUAACUUUUCAGAAUCAGCGGCUGAUGCUCAGAAACGGCUUGCCGAGGGCAAAUCUGGGCCCGGAGAUGAUGAAGAGUCGUCAAAAUAUAUUUCACUGCCGAAAGGAGGCUGGAAAAAAACUCAAUCGGUGAAAAUUCACAAAUGUUAAAAUUUCCAUUAAAAUGAUUUUUGUUCAGGUGAAAACGCGUUAUCGAACUCUGGAGGAUGUAUUGGAGGAAGGAACCACGGCGGCCAGUAACAUCGCCAGGACUUCAGCUUCUCAUUCCAAUAUCAAAGUUAUUGAUAUGACCGGUCCACAGCAACGUGUCUACACUGGUUAUGAUUCGUUUUCGAUGAAGACUAAGUACGAAUAUGAAAAAGAAAAUGUAUCUCAAUUGGCAAGAACAAAAAUAGGACGGAAUACGCUCAAAAUCAUUUAUAAACUUUUUCAUGCCGUGCUCUAGCGAAAAUAAAUAUGACUGUUAGAUAGUUAGAUAAAUGAAAGGAUUUACAACAGUCAGGGAGAAAGUCGCCAAGUUAGUUUGAAAACGACAUUAUUCACAAGAUUGAAAUGAAAUAAAACUUUUCAGAAACAUCAACUUGUGAUUGGAAGUUUCGACAAAAAAUAAAAGAUUUAUUUCAGAGCUGAAUAUGUGGAUACUGGCGACAGAGAUACUUUCGACGUUCCUGAGCUCAUGCACAAUAUCAACUUGCUGAUUGACCUCACUGAAGAAAGCAUUCGAAGAAAUGAUCAUCAGCUUCGAUCCAUCAAAGUAAUUCAUCUGAUUUGAUCUCCUAAAAGAAUACGUGUUUUAAGGACCAGUCAACUGCAUUGGAGUACGACAUGAAGAAAUUGAACGAGGUCCUAGAAGGCGAAGAAUUAGAGGAAAAAAGACUCAAAGAAGUUUAUUUCCUCAUUGAGAGGUUUUUUUUAAAUUUGGUCGGUCUCUAAGUUUUGAUUUUUCUGUAGUUUCUCCGCUCAAAGCUCGUCCGGCGCUAGGACCAUGGUCGAAUAUCAAGAGCUCUUUCUGAAACUCAGAGCUCAGUUUCCCACCGAGUACCGACUGUACAAUUUGGAAUCGAUCGCUAUUCCAUACGUGUUGCCAAUGGUAUGACUUUGGGGAAACAAUUUAAAAAAAAUUCAUUUUGACUUUGACACAAUUCGGUGUUCUUCUAUCUAAGAAAUUUUUCAGUUGCUACAAUACUUUUCAAAGUGGAGACCGUUGGAUCCUGAUCAUGUCAUUUACGGAAUAGAAUUGAUGCGAGAAUGGAGGGAAAUUCUGGUCGAUUCGGACUCAAAGACGACUUUUGGAAUGAACAAAGGCAGAAAUGGUGAAAUAUUUUUUUUUCACUGUAGAAAAUCAAAUUUUCCUUCGAAUUAGUAAUCUUCAUUGCUCAGUUCAGUUAAUGUUUUGUAACUAAUCAGACAACUUUAUUUUGAACGUUUGUUUUUGCAGACGAGAUCGCUGCUUACGACAGACUUCUGUGGGAAGGAUGGCUGCCUUCUCUGCGACGAGCGGCUCUCGACUGGGAUCCACGCGACCAGAUGGAGGACAUGCUCAAUCUGAUAGAGACUUGGAUUCCGGUCCUUCCAGCGUGGAUCAAAGAAAACAUUCUCGAACAAGUAACUGAAUAUUAAAAUGAAUUUGAAAAGAAAAGUAAUUUUUUAGGUGAUUGUUCCGCGGAUCGGGGAACGCGUGAAUGAAUGGGAUCCGACGAAAGAUACAGUACCCAUCCAUUCUUGGCUUGUCCCAUGGCUCCACGUUCUUGGCGACCGAAUUCAAGGUGUCAUGCCGCCGAUUCGGCAGAAGCUCUCUAAAGCAUUGAAGUUGUGGGAUCCGAAAGAUAGAAGGUUUCUUUUUUUAACUUUUAGAUUUCCGUUUAAGUUCCUCUAUAUUCUGAGAGUUUCAAAAAUCAUGUAACUUGUUAUUUUAUUCCAACAGUGUUUUUUUGUCAAACGCUCUCUCCUCAUUUCUUCUGAAAACUAAUUUUCCAUUAUUAAUUGAGAUGAAUGGAUGAUCCAAGGAAAGUGUAAAAAAUUCUCUCCUGAAGCCCUCAAUUCGAAAUUUUUUUUAGAUUUUUUGAAUGGUAAAAAAAGUUUUUUUGUUAAAAAUUUCACGAAAACUGGAAUAAGAAGUAGCCAUAUUUUGAAAGUCAGCAAAAAUUUCGCCUGAUUGUUCAUUUGAAAAAAUGCCUAUAUAUUAAUUGUUCAGUGCCAUCGCGAUUCUCCGUCCCUGGAAAGAAGUCUGGGCGCCAGGAACGUUGACCGCAUUUUUGGCCAACAACAUCGUGCCGAAGGUUUCUUUUCUAUGAUUGAAAACAAAUUGAAAAACAAAUUUGUUCGCAGCUUGCACGGGCUUUGGAAGACAUGGAACUGGAUCCACGGAUUAAUCCUCAGUACGAAGAAUGGGCCGCUGUGAUGGACUGGCUCGAGCUCAUUCAUCCGGAAGCCAUCGUUGGCGUCGUCAUCAAGUGUUUUUUUCCUAGGGUGAGUUUUGAGAAGUUUUAAAAGUUUGAGUCCAUAACUAACCGAGAAAAAAAAUGCUUCGUCGUCAGAUACAUAAGUAGCAGUCAUUCGUAGGCAACUAGAGAACUGAUUAGAACAGGUGAAAAGAUUGACUAAGAGAAGUUCGGGGAGAAAGGGAAUAAAAAUAAGUUUCAACUUCUUUUAUUCGGGGACAUUCGGGAGGAGGUGUUGGCGACCUUCAAAAAUAGUCUGCCCAAGUGAAUUAAAUUUCGCUUUCUUUCUCUGAUUACACGUAAUAUUGAGUUUCUUCUUGGACUAAUUCAACUUCCUAUUUUUUUUUAUUUCAGUUCCACGAAACGCUUUGUAUCUGGCUAGAUUCGCCUGGCGCCAACGUCGCCGAGGUGAAGAUGUGGUUCCGCGAGUGGCAGAUGCGGAUUCCGGCUGACAUAUCACAAUUUCCGGUCAUCAAAGGUUUUUUUUUUCUAAUAUAUCUUUUAAACCAAUUCGCUCUGACUUGGAAAAAUGAUCUAUCUGAUACUUUUUUCUCUUCGAUGAAGUUGAAAAAACGUUGGAAUAGCACGUUAAUAUGAUAGCGUUGCCGAGCAGAAGGAGAAAGCAGACUAUUUCAAUUCGAGGCAAAAAUUAUUUUAUCAUGAAAAUUAAAACACUUUAAAUUCAGAGAAAGCUUUUCGCCAAACUUGUAUCAAUCUCUCUAUUUCCAGAAAGCUUACGUCGCUCUUUGAUUGCAAUCGGACAAUCUUUGGAAGGCGUUCGAGUAAGCAAUCAGCCGCAAAUGCCCAUGCAGCCAAUCAAUUCAAUGAGGUAUUAUUCACAGAUGUUUUAUGAGAAAAGUGGGUAUUCAUUCUGAAAAUAAACAGUUAAAAAAUAUAAAAUUAGUAGAUUUUAAUUUUGCCGACGUUUUUGCUCGUACAGGAGUUAUGAAACCAAUUUUUGCGAAGCGUUACGAAAUUUUUGACGCUCAGUUAAAACUGGAACUUUUUUCUCCAGCUUAUUUAUACCCGCCUGCUUCUAACGAAUUUUUUUUUUCGUGUACCCGAAUAAGUUUGGUUUUUAAGCGCCCCACUAGCUCCGCCGAUUCACCAGCCGUCGACUCAGCAACUUUCCCUGAAGGACGCCAUCGAAAUGACGGCGGCGCGCCACGGCUUCACCUACCAUCCACAGAAAGAUCGCUUCAAGGACGGACGUCAAGUUUGUGACGAAUUUCUAUCUUGGAAACAUUUGUGCAGGCUAAUAUUAAAUUUUCUCUCACAUUUAUACUUUCCGAUUCUUUUGAACAAAAGGGCGCUAUAGGAAGUUCUACCUUUUUCCGCGAAAUCUGAAAAACUCUGUUCAGGUUUUCUGGUUUGGCGCUGUUUCGAUUUUCAUCGACCGCGGUAUGGUCUACGUCAUGGAUCCCAUAGAGUUCAUCUGGAGACCGACAGGACUCGACGAGUUGAUUCGCCUUGGCCAGGGUGUCAAUGUUUGA